GGUGGAGGUGGGAGGAGGCGGAGGGGGAAGAGCCGCCGGCGGCCGCAAGAGCAGCAGCGGCGAGAGGUGAACCCCCUGCGCAGAUUUCUCAUGGCGAACUGUUACUGAGGAGAGAUCCGUUUGUUGUGAUGUAAUAAAAGAAUGAAUCAAAAUAAAACCUCUAAAUGCAAGUAACCAGAAAAAUUACAAUACAUCUCAGUGAAUUUGCAAGUGGUUCAUCUUUCCUUGUGGGUUGGCAGGCAGUCGUAGGACUGCAAAAUGGGUCUCCGGAUUCACUUUGUUGUUGACCCACAUGGUUGGUGCUGCAUGGGUUUGAUUGUCUUUGUGUGGUUAUACAAUUUUUUAAUUCCCAAAAUUGUCCUCUUUCCUCACUAUGAAGAAGGACAUAUUCCAGGCAUACUGAUAAUAAUAUUCUAUGGCAUUGCCAUAUUUUGUCUGGUCGCCUUAGUGAGGGCCUCAAUCACCGAUCCAGGAAGACUCCCUGAGAACCCAAAGAUCCCACAUGGAGAAAGGGAGUUCUGGGAAUUGUGUAACAAGUGUAAUUUGAUGAGACCAAAGCGUUCCCAUCACUGCAGCCGCUGUGGCCACUGUGUAAGGAGAAUGGAUCAUCACUGUCCAUGGAUUAACAAUUGUGUUGGUGAAGAUAAUCAUUGGCUUUUUCUGCAGUUGUGUUUCUACACUGAACUUCUUACUUGCUACGCACUGAUGUUUUCUUUCUGCCACUAUUAUUACUUUCUUCCACUAAAAAAGCGUAACUUGGACCUCUUCGUUGUUAGACAUGAAUUGGCCAUAAUGAGACUAGCUGCCUUUAUGGGCAUUACAAUGUUAGUUGGAAUAACUGGACUCUUCUAUACACAACUAAUUGGCAUCAUCACAGAUACUACAUCUAUUGAAAAGAUGUCAAACUGCUGUGAAGAAAUAUCCAGGCCCCGAAAGCCAUGGCAGCAGACCUUCUCAGAAGUUUUUGGCACUCGUUGGAAGAUCCUGUGGUUUAUUCCUUUCAGGCAGAGGCAACCACUGCGAGUUCCCUACCACUUUGCCAAUCACGUCUAAACAGAUGGAUGGUGGGCACAGAUGGGUCCUCCAUGCUGGAAAUGCGUUACAGGUUUUCUGAUAAUAGAACUAUGACAGUCUUCAAGUCAAUUAAAAUCCACCCACCAAUCUUAGGCAUCAUAAUGUGCCCCAGGCUUUAUUUUAAUAGUGAUCUUGAUCCUGUUGUGGGACUAAUACAAGAUCUAUAUUUAAGUUUUAAAGCAUGUUUACUUUCAAAUUAGCUUUCCACAGGGAUUUCUUUAAAUGCUUUUGUUAUUAAAUUCAAAAGCAGUGAUGGGGAUGAAAUAAUGGUACAUAAUUUCUUUUAGUACUGACAAUGUUACAGAUUUUAAUUUAUAGGAAAUUUCAUAUGUUUAUUUGAAUUUUUCACUCUUAAGUAGUACUAACCAAAUCUGAAUUUAAUUCUUCAGGUUUUACAAAAGUUGAUACACCUUAUAUGCAGAUUUUCUU